AGUUAGUGUGACAAAUCAAACAUAUAGUUAACAAGAGGGAAGGGAAGGGAGCCCAUUGUAAUUUUAUGUUCUAAGCAACCAUGAUGAGUCAUCUAGAUCCAUUGACCACAUCAUUACAAGAAUCAUUCAUCCUUAUGGCUUUCCCAAUCUACCUUUUCACAUACAUGCUAGGUACUCAAUGAAAAACCACAUCAAUUAAAGCCUAUAAAUUUUGAUGACACGCACAAAGAGCAAUGAAUCUCAUUUCUGAAAUCAUCAACAAAGUUUAGACUUUGAAAUCAUCAACACAAGGGUGAUCAUCAUCUUCUUUUGGUGCUUACAAAUUCAGUUUGAGUGAUGUGAUAAAUCUUAAUGGCAAAGAGGAAGAGCUGGUUUGGAUGGGUGAAAAGCCUAUUCAUUUCUGAGUCAAAGUGCAAAAACCAGAAGAAAUGGGGCUGGAGAUUAGGAAGGAUUAAACAGAAGCAAUACCCUACAAUUACAGCUUCAAAAAGGACAUUGAUUGAAGCAAAUGCAGAACAGAGAAAGCAUGCUUUAGCUGUGGCUAUUGCAACAGCAUCUGCUGCUGAGGCUGCAAUCGCUGCUGCACAUGCUGCUGCUGAGGUUGUCAAACUCACAAGUGGUGCCUCUCGUUCGAAUUCAUAUCUCUCCAAGGGAGACAGAAGUUUGGCUGCCAUCAAGAUUCAAAGUGUUUAUCGUGCACAUCUCGCUAGAAAAGCAUUAAGAGCAUUGAAGGGAGUUAUAAGACUACAGGCCAUAAUUCGCGGUCAAGCUGUUAGGCGUCAAGUGUUCAGAUCUUUGAAGAGUGUUCCCUCAAAUGCAAAAACUCAAAAGGAAAACCAGGACAGAAGCAGCCAUACUGAAGAAGAAAACUACAAAAAUGAACAGAUAAAACUGUUUCCAAAGGAAAAGAAAAAGAUAGAAGAGAAUGAACUUAAGGCUGAAUGCUAUAGUCAAAAAACAUGGAAUUGUAGCUCACACUCAAAGGAAGGCAUUGAAGCUAUAUGGUUAAGAAAGCAAGAGGCUAUUGUCAAAAGAGACCGCAUGAGACAAUACUCUUCUUCACAAAAGGAGAGAACAUUUUCUCAAAGGGUGGAAGAAUUUGGAGGAGAUAGUUGCCGUACGUUAGAAGAGUGGUUACAUAAAGAAAUAAGUGAUUGGGAUGUUCUUUGUAAACCAUCUCAUCUUUCAAAUAUCACACUAAGAAAUGAAGUACAAGAAGAAUUGAGUUCAAAAAUUUCAGUCCAAAGAAAAUCAUUUUCUCAUGUAAAAAGAAGUUCAAUUGGUGAUGAGAGUCCCAUGCCAAAUUCUCCUGUUUUUCCUAAAUACAUGUCUUUGACUGAGUCUAGCAAAGCAAAAGUAAGGUCUAUGAGCACACCAAGGCUAAGAGCAGGAUUUUUGGAUAUGUGUUCCUAUCAGAAUGAGCACCAAUGCAUGAAUUUCUGAAGCCAUCUCAAUGUUCAUUUCAUGCUUGGUCCUUCACAUGCAUAUAUAUCUAUGUCAGAGUCUGACCAUUAUGUUUUUCUUUUUUUCUUUGUUUUGGAGAGGAGAAAUGUUGCUAUUGAGUACAUAAUACAUGUCUGAAACGUGUAUACUUCUAGUUUUUAUCCAAUUUGUUUAUUUGAGUUUGUU